AUGAACAAGAUGCCACCCAAGUUGAAAGAACCCGGAAACUUCUCUAUCCCGUGUGCCAUUAACAAGAUGCAAAUUGACAAUGCCUUAUGUGCCUUAGGAGCUAGUGUUAGCCUAAUGCCAUAUUCAAUUUAUCAAAGACUUGAGUUAGGGGAACUUAUGCCUUCUAAAAUUACCUUGCAAUUGGUCAAUAGGUCAAAUAAGAUUCCUAAGGGGAAGGUAGAGGAUGCUCCUUUGAGAGUAGGGAAGUCCGUGAUUCUGGUAGAUUUUGUGGUUCUUAAAAUGGAUGAAGAUGCUAAAAUUCCUAUUAUUCGUGGUAGACCUUUUCUUGCUACCUUGGGUGCCUUGAUUGAUGUUAAGAGUGCAAAAAUUUCACUUAAGCACUUGCUCACUUCUAUUGAUCCCAUUGAGAAUGUCUUGUUGAACAAAUAUAAGAUAGGUGCUCUUAUCAAGGAAAUGGCAAUAUAUGAGGAUUUGCUAAAUGGAAGCAUCGAGGAAAUGGAUGAUCAUAUAUGCAUGAAUAUUUCAAGCCAAGAAGCUUUGCAAGUUACCAUUCGAAGGAAUGUAAAGGUGUACCUAUGGUAG